UAAAAUCAAAUUCUCCCCAUUCCAAGAUGGCCGCGCCCUGAUGAAACACGUUGGGCGUCACAUGAAAACAUUUUUUAAGCAGUUGUUGAGGUCAUACAGAGCUGAUUUCCCGUGUAAUAAUAGAAACAUGAGCACAUUUGUGUCGAUUAUCAAUCCGGUGACCGGGAAAACUGACUGGAGUCUACAGAAUGACGACUAUGACUUCCAUCAAGAAAUUGCAAGGUCAGCAUAUGCUGAUAUGCUACAUGACACUGAAAGGAAUCAGAAGUAUUACUCUGCCUUGCGUCAGGCAGUUGGGAUUCUCCGUGAACGUGGAGAGAGGAUUCAUGUCCUUGAUAUUGGCACAGGAACAGGACUUUUGUCCAUGAUGGCCGCCACCCUAGGAGCUGACCAGGUGACUGCAUGUGAGGCUUUCUCUCCUAUGGCAGAGUGUGCCAAGAAGGGGAUCCUACAAAAUGGUUUUGCUGACAAAAUAAAGUUGAUACCAAAACGUUCUACAGAAAUCUUGGUGGGGAAAGAUGGAGAUAUGGAAUCACGCGCAAAUAUCUUGAUCACAGAGGUGUUUGAUACAGAACUGAUUGGAGAAGGGGGUAUUGGAACAUUUACACAUGCUCACAAAGAACUUUUACAGAAUGACUGUAUUGUGGUGCCAUCUGUUGCUAACAUGUACGUACAGCCUGUCAGAUCUGACCUGGUCCGGCGAUGGCGGGACAUACUGCCAAUCAAAAUGGGGGGAUGUGAUAGCAUCAAUACACCUGCUGAGUUGACUAAUUGUGGAGGCGCUCCAUCCUUGCAUGACCUUCAAUUAGACCAGAUACCUCGAGACCAGUUUGAGGUCAUCUCUGCUCCAAUCAAAGUAUUCAGGUUUGAUUUCAGUGGCAAGACACCUCUACCGUUCGAGAAUCAAUCCCAAAAUGUUGUUAAAUCCCUGACGUCUGGACAAGUGGAUGGUGUGUUUAUGUGGUGGGAUCUCGAAAUGGACACUCAAGGAGAAAUAAACCUUAGCUGUGCACCUAGCUGGGCCCACCCAAAUAUUGAAGAAUUACAGUGGAGAGAUCACUGGAUGCAGGCAAUUUACUAUCCCAGCAUUCCAUUAGAGGUCAACAAAGGGGAAGAGGUCAAGGUCAUUAGUUACCAUGACGAGUACAGUCUGUGUUUUGAAGUUGCCAAGGAAUCAAGUGAAAAAGAAGACUGUCACAAAGAGGGAGGCCCUGUAGGCAGCUGUGGAACUCAUAUCUGUUUUAGUAGGGGUCGGAUCGGUAUGAUGAAUGACCCAGUCAGGAGACGAAUUUAUGAGGAGAUUCUUCAAAAGAAUGUUACAAGCAACACAACCUGCCUUUGUUUAGGUGAUGGUAACAUUAUGGCAUUGAUGGCUGCAACACUUGGCUGUAAAAAGGUGUUUACAGUGGAGGCUAACCCCAGUAUAAGGAAGGUAAUGGAGUCAUUUAUCAGGAAGAAUGGCCUUGGAGAGGUGGUUACCGUGCUGACCAAGAACCCGGGGGCUCUCACACCUGUAGACUUAGGGGACUGUAAGGUUGACCUUGUGUUGGGAGAGCCAUACUUCCAGAGUUCUGUAUUACCGUGGCACAACAUUUCCCAUUGGUACAAUAUAGAUCAGCUAUCUAACAUUUUGGUGGAUGAGGCAAAAAUAUUCCCUGCUGCAAUGACAAUAAAAGCAAUGGCCGUGGACUUUACAGACUUGUGGAAGAUACGGGCCCCUGUUGGAAUGUGUGAAGGAUUCAAUCUACAAGUAUUCGAUGAUUUGAUAGAGCGGUCAUCCGACAUCGCUGAUGAGACUGUAGAACCACAGCCCUUAUGGGAGUACCCUUGUACUGCUCGGAGUGAUGUUGUUGAUAUUUACAACUUCCAGUAUACUUCAUCUUGGGACGAAACUGCUGUAGCUGUGACAAAAAUACUCAAUUUACAAAGUGAGGGACGCUGUAAUGGUGUGGUGCUGUGGGCAGACUUUGACUUUGGCCAGAACUGUGUUGUGAGCACUGGACCAAGGGAAGGGUCACAUGUAGGAAAGGAAGUGAAGUGGGACAUCUAUACUCGACAAGGUGUCCAUCUUCUAAAGCAGCCCAUUACCUCUGGGAGUAUGGGGAAGGAUCCUGAAGUAAAGCAGGCAGUUCAUGUGACAUUCAAUUUCAGACCAAAACAAGGAGACCUGGAAUUUACUUUCAAAUCAUAUAGCUGAAGUUACAGAUAGAUACAACAUCAGGUUUAAAUGCUUCAUUAUAUUGACUUUUAAUUUCAUGGGAGAACUUUUACCUUUUUAUUAAGCUCAUAUAUAGCAAAUUAUGGGGUGAUUAAGAUGCAAUUAUUCUCAAAUACUUCACAGGGUUAUCCCUCAAUUGAUGUUACAAAGAGGGGGGUGGGGGGGGGGGUAAAGAAAGCUAACACCUGCUAUAUGACGCUGCUCACAAUAACGUAGCAUUAAUUUGACUAACCAUGGCGUAAAUAAUGACCAUGGAGGAUUGUAGAUGGCGUGAUCAAAAACUUUCAUAAAAACUUACAUUUGCUUGCAAGUAUGUGUGAAAAAUAUUAAGGAAAUAAUCAAACAUUGGUCUGUUCUGCGAACAAGGAUAUCUCAACCCUCAUGUAAGAGUUUGGCAGGCCAGCACUUGGCAAGCCUCGUCAUGUUGACUGGUCUAACUCUUACACUCGGGUUGAGAUAUCCCUGUAUAUGGAACAGACCCAUGUUAGACUCUAUUAAUCAAUCUCCUGUAAGGUACUUUUAACUUGAUUAUCAUAAUAAACUUUUAUCAAAGAAUAUUUGAUAUAGAUACAGCCUAGUUUGAACAAGAAAAGGUCCGUCCUUCACACGAAAAUAAUGAGAUGUCACUGAUGUAUUUCAGGUCUGGUACACAUGCACAGUAAUGUGGAUUUAUUGAAUAUGAUACAUAAAGCAAUAUUUUCAAUAGAACUCAGAAAUAUCAUAAAAAGACCAAAAAACAUUUGAAAAGGACCAAAGAACAUUUGAUUAGAUAUAUUUCUUAAAGCAUGCAUUUCUUUUUUCUUAAAGGCCCAGGAAUACUUAUGGAGAUUAGACUGUUUUAUAACACUCAUGACAAUAUGAAUGCCAAUCAUUUACGUCCAAAUUGCAUUAAGGAUUCUUGGCUUCAGUUAAGCCUAUCAGUCCUAGGUUUGGCUUUAAUAGCUAUGAGGACGUUUAGUGUAAUCAGUACCUUGCGUUAGAUUUUAGCUGGAAGAAGGAUGCAUUGCCCAAUUAUUGCUAGGCCCUUAUUAAAAAUUGAAACAAGAAUACUAAGCCCCAUCAUUUAAAGAAGAAUAUAUCUUAGUAUCUUGUCAUCUGCUGAUGUGUCUUGUAGCUCAUUAUGACAUUUUUUGUUGUUCUUAUUGUAUAUCCUGUUUUAUAAUUUAUGAAUUCAAGUAUUCUGAAAAUAGCUUCAUCAACAAUUGAUGGAUCCUGAAAGGUUAUUGAAAAUUUGACAUUUGUCUCAUUCUGACUUUACUCCUAUUAAUGAUCUGUGAAAGACUGACCCAUAAUUUUAAAAUCGAGGAAACAACCAAAAAUAAUCAUCAUUUUCAGUGGUUUUAGCUCGUACAGAUGAGUCUACCAUUCUCUGAAAAUAAUGGUGAUAUAAGUUUUACUUCCUCCGCUACACAUCACCAGUAAAACUCCAAGUUUGUCGGUAUAAUCAUGACAUCUGUGUACUCUUAACUACGAAGUUAGGUUAUCUCCCCUAGUUGCUAAAUGGGACCAAUCUCUUGGAUUUCUACACCUCAAUCCAACAAUUUAGUACACCAUCUUACACUUAAAUACACCAAGGAGAACUAAAUGAAAGAUUUCUAAAUUGUGUGUAAUUAUUUAUUUUGAUUUUAAGAAAAAUAAAAUGUGUACUCUGAUG